AUGGUCAAUUCAAAGCUGCCCACGGCCUCUGAGGGAUUGGCACAGGAGAACACUGGGAUGGGCGAGGACGCGGAAGAGGAAGAACAGGAGUUUGAGUUCCGGCUCUUCAGCUCUGUGUCUACCAGGAAGACUGCGGACGAAUCUCGAUCGAGGACAGAGGGACACGACGGCAGUGGUUUGGGAGGAGUCCAAAAAUUAAAGAUACGGUUACGGUCUCCUUCGCCAUCAGCACGCCCGCCGGGGGAUGGCGGCUUCGUCGUGCCAUUUCGAGGAUGGGACUACUACUUUUCCAAUCCGGAGCUGGUUAUGCGAGCCGUGGGGGACACCUCGUGGCAGAGAGGAGCCAAGGACAAAAAUACAUCGAAGCAACUUGAUACGUUGAGAUAUACGUUUAGAGAUACAGCUGUGGACGGGGAGACUAUCCUUGCUCGUGCUGCUUCGGUGACUUGGUCGGAAUCUUCUUUAUCCAAGAAAAAGAAGAAGCCCGGCAAGAAGAGACGGAUAGCACUACGAAAGCGGGUUAUCAUUAAAAAGAUGGCUGAAGAAACUGAGAAGGAAAAACGAAAUCGGAAGAACCGGGAGAGAAAAGUAAAGAGGAGACAGAAGGAGAGAGAGAAGAAAGCUGCGGCCAGAGCAGCUGCAGGAGAGGGUGAGCCCACGGCCCAAGUGGCUUCUGAUACCACUGCUACCGCUGGGGUGACGAUUGAUAAGUCGAGAGAAGAAAAGAAAGAGAAACAGGAGAAAUAA